AUGGGUAUAUUGGGGCACAGAGUGAUUCUUCUUCUGUUGUGCAUUGGGAAUUUAGCUCUUCAGCCUGAGACGGCGUAUGGCCUGACAAGCAUUGAUCUUGCUCUGAGAUGGCGGCAUCCUGGGCACCAAAAUUCGCGCUUCCUGAAGGGAGUGGCUGUAGAUGAGUUGCAGGGCACAUCGUCGAGCUUGGCGCCUGGACCUUCAGUGAUGUUUGAUCCUAAUCAGUCCAACAAAAGAACGGUUAAGAAAGGAUCAGAUCCCAUUCACAACAGGCAGUAG